AUGACACCGUUCAAGAAACUCCUUCACAACUCUUUGCAGGACGACGUGUUCUCGUCGUUAGUACUCUUCGCCAAACGUCGUGAUGGUGGCCCAUCGCCAUCAUGGCCCAAUCAGCUCCCCGUCGACAAAGACACUGUCUUCACGCUAGCUUCCUGCUCAAAACUCCCGCUCACGGUAGCUGUGUUACAGCUCGUAGAGAAACAGCUGCUGACACUAGACUCAGAUGUGAGCAUUAUGCUCCCAGUUCUGGGACGCCAGAAAGUCCUGGCUGGCUGGCAUCUAGACGGCUCACCCAUUCUCAACGAGCGUCGCAACCCAAUAACUCUUCGCCAUCUCUUGACACACUCCGCCGGCACGAGCUACUACUUUCAGAAUAAAGACCUAAGACGACUUCGAAGUCUCAGAGGAAAACUCCCGGCUACCUUGGAACCUACCAUCGAAGAACGUUUCGACGAUCCGCUGCUCUUCGAACCGGGAGAGGGCUGGGACUAUGGUUGCGGACUUGAUUGGGCGGGCAAGUUGUUAGAGCAGCUUACCGGCAUGUCUCUAGAAAGAUACCUAAAAUUACACGUGUGGGCGCCACUGGGAGCAUCGAGCUUUACUUUCUGGCCAAAUGCAGAGGGGGAAAACCAGAAGGUCGCCACGCUCACGGAAAGAAACGCAACUACCGGGAGGCUCGAGGUGCAUCCUAACGUCCUGACCUUAAAUCAAGGAGUCGACACCGAGUGUUUUGGAGGUCAUGGGGCUUAUUGCAGCGCAGGAGACUACAUGGAGCUCCUCUAUUCCAUCUUCAGCAACGAUACACGUGUGCUCCAGCCCGAUUCUGUGGAGAUGAUGUUCCAGGCCAACUUGUCGGACCAAAGCAGAGCAGCUCUACAGGCAGGUUUCGACAGGCAAAAACUAACCAUUGGCGAUUUCUACCGCGGCGAGGUCUACAAUUGGGGAUUGGGAGGAAUGUUGAUCGACGGUCGGCGUUCAGAAGCGCAGUGCCCACGAGGAUCAAAGACUUUGGUAUGGGGUGGUGGAACGAAUCAAUUUUGGUUUAUUGAUCGAACCAACGGCUUCUGUGGUCUCAUCAUGUCUCACGUCCUCCCACCUCAAGAUCCACAAAUCGAGGAGAUCAUUGGCGCAUUUCAGAGACAUGUGUACAAGUCAAACCAUGAUCAUGGUUUCCGAAGCUUUCUGUAG